AAAGAAAUAAUCAAUGAACUUCUGCUUGGUUUGUUAUGUAGAUAAAUAGCAUCUUGGAGAGCAGAAAGCCGGCAAGCUAAGCUAGCAAUUAAUCAAUUGGCAUGGCUGAGGCUGAGCAAGUGAAGGUGUUGAGGUUCUGGGCAAGCCCCUGGAGCUUCAGAGUGGAGCUUGCUCUGAAGCUGAAGGGGGUACCCCACGAGAAGGUGGAGGAGGACCUCGCCAACAAGAGCCCUUUGCUCCUCGCCUCCAACCCGAUCCACAAGAAGAUCCCUGUCCUCCUCCACAACGGGAAAGCCAUCCCUGAGUCACUGAUCAUCCUCGAGUACAUUGACGAAACUUGGACAGACAACCCGAUCCUGCCCAAGGCUCCCCAUGAGAGGGGCAUGGCCAGGUUCUGGUCAAGGUUCAUAGACGAUAAGUGCGUAGGUGCUUGUUGGAUGUCAUGCUGGACGGAAGGGGAGACGCAGCAGAUGUUUAUGGAGCAAGCAAGAGCAUGCCUGAGGAUCCUUGACGAUGAGCUUGGGGGGAGGAGGUUUUUCGGAGGCGAAUCGAUCGGCCUGGUCGACAUUUCUGCCAGUUUCUUUGCUCUGUGGCUUGGUGUGCUUCAGGAAGUGGCAGGCAUAAGCUUGAUCAAUGGCGACGAGUUUCCCAACUUAUGCAGAUGGAUUGAGGGAUUCGUAGCAUCUGAUGUGGUGACGGAAUGCUUGCCUCCAAGAGACAAACUCCUUGCUGUGUUCCAAUCCAAGAAGCAAGCAAUUCUAGCUACUAAGUCUAUGGUCUAUUGAUGGCACAAAAUUUAGUUUGUGAUCUCCAUUAAAGUGUUGGGAGCAAUAAAUGGCUGUUCUACUCUGUUCUGUUUGAAGUUUGCAUGGUUGUUGCAACUACUUAGGAAGUAAAUUUGAAUAAUAUGGAACUUUUUUUGUUUUUUAA